AUGGUGCUAUCGUCUACCGCCAAAAAAUGGAAGGAUUUUGAGUCUACCUUAACUAGGCAGUUUGUCCUUCCAUUCGCAAAUGAGAAGGAGAAGUUAAAAGAGGCCCCCCAGCUUUAUAACUUCAUAGAGAAAUCUGAAUGGGAUGCCUUUGUAGCUUCAAGGUUAUCCCCAGAUUUUGAGGCUGUGCAUUCUGAGCAGUCACAGAGAAGGGAGAAAUAUGAGUACAACCAUAGGUUGUCUCGAAAAGGGUACAUUGGUUUGGAGGAUCAAUUGGAAGAAACUAUGCCCAGUGAAGAAAUCGAUCAAUCUCUACUAUGGAAGAAGGCAAAAGAAGAUAAACAGGGAAACAUCUCUGAUCUAAAGGUUGCAGAGAAGGCAAAAUUAAUCGAUGAUUUGAAAAAACAAGUCUCCGAGGGCACUCUAACUGUCUCUGGGAGCAACGAUGUUUUGACCAUGGCUUUGGGAACCCCUGAGCAUGGUGGAAGGGUCAGAGGUGUUGGAGCUGGGGAAAGUGUUAUGGCAGCAGUGAGAGAGGAAACCAAAAAGAUGGCGGCCAGGGCAAAGGAAAGUGUUAUGGAGGCAGUCAAAGCAGAGAGGGAAAUUGUGUUGAAACAAUUCAGUCAACUAAUUCCCAAUUUUGAUCCCAACAUGCUCAGUAAAAUUCCAACUACACCAACUACACCAAUUCCUCCAAUUCCUCCAAUUCCUCAAGAGCAAAGUCCAAAAAUUCCAAUGUCUGACAAAGCAAGCUACUCUAAUGUGAGAGCCCCUGAAUUGGAUGAAGACAAUCCCACGAAUGAUGCUGAUGUUGAUGCUGCUGAAAACCGUCAAGAUCAAACAACGUCAGUGUUUAUUUUAAAACCCGUCAUCUAG